AUGAGCCAGCAGGACGGUGGCGCCCCUCAGGGGCACACCCGAAAUAAGUCGGUCACAAAAUGCGACCCCAUCCCCAUUUGCGACAGGGACGAUGCUGACACUCCCAGCACCCCCCUCAACGACCCCCUCUCGUCGCCCUCACGCCUCGAACCCCUCCAGCCCAAGCGCGCCUCGAGCCAGCGCCCACCAGGCCACCCAUCACCGAGCUUCCGCUCGCCAGCCCCGUCACCCGCCCCGCCUGCCGUGCGCGCCUCGAUCACCAAGAACUUCAGCUUCCUGCUGCGCCCCGAGAUCUACCAGCCCCUGCUGCCGCUCAACGUGCCCGUCGCCUUCCGCAACUCGACCAAGCAGCCGCGGCCUGAUGCGCCGCUCGCCGAGCUGCUCAGCCAGGGCCACUUCCGGGCCGCGGCCAUCUCGGCCGUGCAGGAGCUCACGUCAGCGUCGCCCCGCGCGGCGCCCGUCGACCCGACCGACUACCGGCGCAUCUUCGACCUGCUGUACACGCGGCUCGCGUGCCUGACGCUCUGCGACGCGACGUCGACGGCGGCGCAGGAGGUGCGGGCGCUCGAGGACCUCAACAACGCGGCCAUCUACGUCGACGACGACACGGGCGAGCACCUCGUGCCGUGGGCGCUGCGCGUGCUCAACGUGCGGCUGCAGGCGCUCGGGUUCGGCGACCCGCGGCGCGCCGUCAUGAGCUACCACGACCUCGCGCGCGAGGCACGCGACCAGGGGGCGCGGGCGGCGGCACGGCACGACGCGGCGGGGCGGACGCUCUGGCGCGGGCGGUUGCAAACCUCGGAUCCAGGACGCCCGACACACUCGUAG